UGGCUGGCUCGCAUGCCGCCAUGAACAAACCAAGGGCACCAAGGGCACGUGACUUAGAGCAACUUUUCCCAGGCCCGGAGUUGGCGUGGUUGGCGGCACAGAAGUUGGCGGAAUCACAGCAGUCGAGUUGCUCCGGGCGUUCGGUUGCUCUUUCGUCUCCGUCAACAACGCGCCUCGGGCGCCUCGGUUCAGUACUUCGGCGACCUCCGACAUUUCUUCGCCACAUCCGUUGCGCCUGGAAUUGGUUGAGUUAGCACUGCGUAAUUAGCGCCACUUUGAAACCGAACCUUGUCAAUUGUCGUGAAGUGUUUAUGUGAUGUAAUGCAGCCUGCGUAUGUGCUUGCGUAUGAUCUGCCCGAAGCAGCUGGGCUGCGGUCAAAGUGAGCGAGCGGGAGGCCCAUGUGCAAACAGUGUCACGGGCAUUGUCGAGUAGGACGGGGAGGUGUUUCGGACAGCUGAUAAUGACGGAUCGAAGUUCCUUCUCUCCAUGACGCCCCUGCUGUGCUCGACGGAAUCAUGAACACAACGACGGAAGUGAAGCUCUGCCUGCUCGGAGAGUCGGGAGUGGGCAAGUCCAGCAUCCUCCAACGUUUCGUGUAUAACACUUUCAAUCCCAACGCAGAAAGCACCAUUGGGGCCUCAUUCAUGAUGAAGAACAUGGUUUUACAUGAUCGCACCCUCAAAUUCAACAUCUGGGACACUGCUGGUCAAGAAAGGUACCGAGCCCUGGCACCCAUGUACUAUAGGGGAGCUGCAGCAGCCAUCAUUGUUUAUGACAUUACAUCACAAGACAGUUUUGCUGCAGUGCAGAGCUGGGUGCGAGAGCUGCAGGCACACGGCGAGCACAACAUUGCCCUGGGGAUCGCUGGCAACAAGUGCGACCUUCAAGACUACAGAGAGGUCUCUUACGCCACUGGGGAGUCGUAUGCCCAGCAAAUUAAUGCCGUCUUUGUCGAGACAAGUGCCCUCAGAGCUACCAACAUUCAGGAGCUGUUCAUGGGAAUAGCAUCCAAGGUGCCCCAGGUACAGGCCUCGAAGCCACCAGAGCUCAAGCUGAGCCUCCGGGGCUCCACGCAGAAAAAAUGCUGCUGACAGUCGGGCUUUGUGCGCCGAAACUUGUCCUCUAAUACUGCAUAAGCUCACGACUCCUGCCGAAAAGCCUUUUGAAGGCCAUCAAGCUCGUGCUACAAAUGGUUCACUCAGUAGUAUUUGAGAAUAUGUGCCUAAAAUCUUGCGAUACACCUGCGACGAAGUGGGAGACUUCCUUAUUUUAGGCGGUGAUAGUGUAAUAAUGCCAGGCAGUUUUUAGUGGACUGUGUUUGUAAAAAUGUUUUUAUGGUCAUAAUGUUGGUGCUGUGCUGUUGAUGCCACCUUUAUUUUGUUACAUGCUUUGUUUGCCAAACAUUUUGAUUUUCAACUCCUUGAAUUUCGUCACUGACAUAGUGACAAAAUUAAUUUGAAAGUGAUUUUUAGGGUUUAGAAUACAAUUGCAUUUUAGCUCUGUCAGUUGUUGGGCUUUAUGGUCAUAAAUGAAGUGAAAGGUGUCACAUGCUUAUAUAAGUACUCAUUUUUUUUUUGUCUGCACAAAACAGGCAUUUGGCUAGGGAAUGUGACUGAACACAACGAAAGGAAGCCAUUGCAGAGAUUCACAGAAAGACGCGUUACUAUAAUCGUAAUGUCGCCCAUGUGAUUUUGUCCUUUUUCAGAGCUCUAGUGGGGAAGGGAGGGAUUGAUUGUCUUCUCUUUUCUCGGCACGAAGGGAAAGGGUGCCAGACAUUGAUAGCCUGUUUUAUAUACAGGGUGUCACAAAAGAAAAUUUACGGGGUUUUUUUUACCGCAGAAAUAAACUAGACAUCGCCGAACGCUCGUUCUCCGCCCGAAGGUAGCUCAGGAGGUCGCAACCAGAUGCCAAAGUUUCAGCCCGAUCCGAUGUGCCAUAGAGCCCCAUGUGUUUGAAAACACCGUCGGCCGCCAUUUUCUCAUUCAAAUUUUCAGAAAAUCGCUUAUAACUUUUGAUUAAUUUAUCGGAUCGGAUGGAAACUUUGGCACCUGGUUGCGACCUCUAGCGCUACCUUUAGGCGGAGAAUGAGCGUUCGGCGAUGCCUAGUUUAUUUUUGCGGAAAUAAAAACCGUGUAAAUUUUCUUUAGUGACAUCCUGUACAAGUGGGGUGCAUGUGCAAAUAACCUGUGUAAUUUUCAGACACAUACAGUUCUGUGAUAACGAGGCAGGAGACAUUCCUGCUCUUUCAGAGUAAUUGUCCUCCCUCAUUUUAUAAAAAAAAACAAAAACUGAGAAAUGGUGCUUUAAAACUUUACAAUACUAUAGAUGUACUAUACUUCCUUGUUAUAUAACAGACUUUUAGUAGAUCAUCCCGAUACCUUUGAUAACAAUACCCUAUAACGAUAUGAUGCAUGCGCAAAGGUGUCAGUGGAGUAUCGGGUAUUGUUAUUGGAGUCAUCAGAACAAUCUACUAAAACUAUCUAAUGAAAUGUUUUACAUAUCGAGUAUACUUUUACUGAUAUACCUCCAUCCCAAAGCAUGCUCAGAAUAAAUGUUAAUUAUUUUGUCCGAGUGCAAGCUUUCGAAGGACUAACAAUUUCUGCAGUGUAAAUGCAAUAAAUCAAUUUUUUUCUUUUUCUUAAAUUGAGAAGAUUGUAACUGUGAUUAGUUGUAAAUAGGAGUGUCCCAAAAUAACCCCAGCAAUAUCACACAUGUUACUGUACCGUAAUGGAACUGAAACUCAGCAACAUAACACGCUGAACACAAACACCUCUAAAAUCAAGGCAUGCCUUGAAUUUAGUGCACAGCACUAAAUUCAAGGCAUGUGGGCAAGAGCAAACAGCCACUGUAGUACAAAUCUAUAUCUUGCGAGAAUGCUUGCACCGCAUGCAGCCCAAUAUAUGCUCCCCAUUUAUAGCAGGAUGCUUCAAAACCAUUUGCCAGGAGUACCAUAUUGGGAAAACCAAUCAUCACUAAUAUGUGCACUUUGUAGCUUGAAAAAGUGAUUUUGUUACAUACAAUGAGGGACUAGUGUAUUUCCUGUUCAGUGAAAAAAUAUAUUUUAUGCGAUGCCCCACAUCUUUGGUAUGCUUAACUGAGGAGUCGUCCUUUCAAAAAUGCAAACAAAAAUGUCAUGUUUAUAGCAGUGUAGCCUCGCAAGUAAAGCUUAGCAAUUUAUCCGGCAGCCUAAGUCUAUGAGAUGCCAUGUGGACUCCACUGCCAACAUCCCUUAACAGGGACACGGGAGCUUCUAUUCCUUCGUGGCAUAUUCUCUAAUGCACUUUUUAUUUACCGCACAAGGUACACCGUGAAAAUUUGUGUCAGUCGUGGGAUCCGUUUCUAAAAUGGGUCCUUUUGAAAACGUUGGAAACCAGGCGUUUUUCAAGCGGUCUCGUAUAUUGUCUAGAAGGCCGAGACUGUUUGGAAUCCUUUAAAGUGCCUUGAUAAAUUUAGAAAGUUUUGUGGGAUUAGUUAAAUAGUGCUUGCUAUUAGUGAUUAAAUAUAGAGCCAAUUUCAAGACAAUCAAGAAUGAUGCGGUAUUUUUGUCAUAUGUAAAAGAAUUGUGAAGAAAUUUUAAAUGUACGCUGUCCCAGAAAGCAAGGUGCUCAACACUUUGGUGUGGAGCUUGGAUGGUUUUCGUAAAGUCAGCUCUUGGUGGUCAAAUGGGCAGCUACCAGAUAAUGAAACCAGUUUUUAAACGGGUUUUCUGGAGCUGCAACUAAGAAUUUGGACGACUGCGCGCAAAAUGGCAUUGUUCACAGGGCCUCACUGUGUUUGAUAGAUCUCUGGGAUGUUGGAAAAGUUUAACUGUACUUGCACAAAUGUGGAUGACUGCCACUUUGAAAAAGCGCAAUGUAAGGAGGUGCAACUUGCAAUAAAUAUUUGCAACUCUUA